AUGGACGUGAUUAAGUCGCAGCAGAUUUCCUCACGGCCGAUCGAGAAAGUGGUGGUCCAUCCGCUGGUGCUGCUGAGCGUCGUCGACCACUACAAUCGGGUGGCGCGUGACACCAGGAAGCGCGUGGUCGGAGUUCUUCUCGGGACAUCAUUCAAGGGCACGGUCGACGUCACCAACAGCUACGCCGCAGUUCCUUUUGAGGAAGAUGGCAGGGACCCGAACAUCUGGUUUCUUGAUCAUAACUACCAUGAAUCAAUGUUUUCCAUGUUCAGAAGAAUCAAUGCAAAGGAGCAUGUUGUCGGCUGGUAUAGCACUGGCCCGAAACUGAAAGAGAAUGACCUGAAUAUUCAUGAGCUUUUCAACGGGUAUGUUCCCACUCCAUUGUUAGUCAUUGUCGAUGUUCAGCCGAAAGAGCUUGGGAUCCCUACCAAAGCUUAUUAUGCUGUUGAGGAAGUUAAAGAGAAUGCCACUCAGAAAAGCCAGAAGAUAUUCGUGCAUGUCCCUUCAGAAAUUGCUGCCCAUGAAGUUGAAGAAAUCGGAGUCGAACACUUGCUGAGGGAUGUGAAGGACACAACUGUCAGCACUCUUGCAACCGAGGUGACUGGAAAACUAGCUGCUUUGAAGGGGUUAGAUGCACGGUUGAAAGAGAUCAGAAGUUAUCUUGACCUGGUUAUUAAAGAGGAGCUCCCGUUAAACCAUGAAAUUCUUUACCAUCUUCAGGAUGUGUUCAAUCUCCUUCCAAAUCUUAACGUGACUGAGCUCGUUAAAUCGUUUGCUGUGAAAACAAAUGAUAUGAUGUUAGUCAUAUACCUAUCAUCCCUAAUCAGAAGUGUAAUCGCACUCCACAAUCUGAUCAACAACAAGAUGCUUAACAAAGAACACGAGAAAGCUGAAGACUCUAAGCCGGUUGCUGUGCCUGCCGCUGCUGGCAGCUAA